AUACAUGAGAGAAGCAACUCCCUAUGUGAAGAAAGGCUCUCCUGUUUCAGAAAUUGGGUGGGAGACACCUCCCCCCGAAUCUCCCCGCUUGGGUUGUGCCUCUGCUGACCCACUGUCGCAACUUUCGCUCUCCAUCCACAGAGACAAGAAGACAAUACCGCUCAAGAUGUGCUACGUGACCCGCAACAUGACAAUCUCAGAUCCUGAAAACAGACUUAUUGAAGUUCAUUCGCCUGAUGCCAAGCACACCGUGGUGCUCAGGAGUAAGGAUUCGGCUACAGCCCAGGCCUGGUUCAAUGCCAUCCACUCCACUGUCAAUGAGCUCAUCCCCAGGGUGAUUGCAGAGGUCAGAGACCAGCUGGGUAAAACAGGGAUUGCUGGAAGUCGAGAGAUUAGGCAUCUAGGCUGGCUUGCAGAAAAG